GGACUGUCUCCUAAACGUCACGUUGGAGUAUAGAGUUCCUGCACCACCACACAGUCUCUCCAGCGCCACCAUUAACGAUAUCCCCCCCUCCCCGUUCGUUCUUCGUUUCGCGCGUGCCUGCGUACUACACGCUCGAUGCCCGAGCGGGGCAUUAUUUUUCGUCCCAGCUUUUGUCUUCGCGCGAAAAGAUGGCACUGCUCCGCGUCGUGAGUUGUGACCGGCGGCAAAUUUAGCGUCGACCACAAAAACGUCCGCCCGCCCGUCCGUUGACGACGUCGUCUUCUGUCGCCGUCUCGCGCGGGACUCGGACGCGCUCUGAACAGGAAGCGGUGGUUGCGCGGCGCCUCGACAGACCGACCGACUGUCGUAAAAAGCGACGCAAGUGGUGGACCGCGGCGAGCUUCUCCGAGCUAGUGUACGUUGCGAAAGGACUUGUCGCCGGCUGACGUCAUCGAACGCUCGAAGAGCUCCUCCGGGCUCUCCCCAUCAUAGCGGCGCGAACUUGAAGAACGGGAGCCAUGGGCGGAGCCACGUGUUUGAGGUGGUUGAUCCUCCUCGGCCUCUGCUGGCAGGCGUUGACGGUGUACCCCGAAGUUGGGCAAACUCCGCCGUCUGGGCCGUCCCGACGCAGCCGCAGCGGUACAGAAGGCAGUCCCCACUCUUCGGCUUCAGCGGUUGCCGAGGCAGAGGCCGCAGGAAGUGUGCCUUCAGGCCGGAGCUGGACGAGCUGGAGCCCGUGGUCACCGUGCUCGAGAUCAUGCGGUGGCGGACUGGCCUACCAGACGCGGCGCUGCCUACGAAGGCCUCCAAGGCAUCGACGCGUGCGAAACAGCAAGAAGGCUGGCCGCUGUCGGGGUCCAACCCAGCGCUACCGAAUCUGCGGCGUUGAGCCGUGUAACACAAGCGAUAUCGACUCGAGACAAGAGCAGUGCUCUGCCUUCGACAACACGAGUUUCGGAGGAAAGAAGUACGUCUGGAAGAAGUUCCUCAAGGAACCCGUCGACUGCCAGUUGCAUUGUCAGCCGAUGGGCCAUGCGUCUUCAGCACAGCUGGCCAAGCUGAUUAGAGACGGAACCCCCUGUUCGACUGGCCUGGAUGAUCGCGUCUGCGUCGCUGGCAGCUGCCUGCCCGUAGGCUGCGACGGCGUGGUGAGUUCGCGGCGCAUCGCCGACCUGUGCGGUGUGUGCGGCGGCGACAACUCGACGUGCCGGACCUUCUCUGGCCUACUGACGCUGCGCAGUCUGUCCAAGGACUACGAGGUGAUCGCGGUCGUGCCCAGGGGCGCGGCCAACCUAGUGGCCACGGCAGAGGGAAACAGGCUCGCCGUGAAGGAUGCCGAGACAGGCCGUUUCAUAUUGAACGGCAACGCCAGUGUGUGGGAGCCUGCAGGUGUAUACGUAGGCGCCGGCACCCGAUUCCACUACCGAAACCGCACAGGCUCACAGACCCUGGAAGCCAGAGGACCCCUCGCCAGACCCGUCCACCUCAUGUUGGUGUUUCGCAGCCCCAACUUGGGUGUCAAGUUCCAGUACAGCGUGAGCAGCCGCGUGGCCAACAAAGGCGCACCCCCUUCGGCGCCGGCGGACGAGUCCGCACCCGGUGGACAGUUCCUGCGGUCACGCGCGGUGCUUGAAACGGGCCCUUUCCGCUGGCAGGUGGACUUCACUUGCAGCAAGUCCUGUGGCACAGGGAUCAAGCAGGCUGUGGUCAAUUGCGUGAUUUCGGCCACCGGAGCGCCAGUGCCUGAUGAGUACUGCUCCAGCCUUCCCCAUCCCCGGACUCCGGCGAGCCAGCCGCAACAACUGCCGUGCAAUACGCAGCCCUGCCCUGCUGACCGGGACCGCAGUGGCGCCAGAGGUGACCUAGACGGCACUCCUCGGUGGCAGGUGACGUCCGAUUGGUCCGCCUGCUCGGUCACGUGCGGCGAAGGUCUUCAGCGGCGCACCGUUGUCUGCGUGGGUCUGAGAGGCGGUGCACUGCGGGACUCGGCUUGCAAGCAGAGCGGCGAGAAGCCGCCCUCAGUGAAACCCUGUAAAUCAAAGCCCUGCGCUACCUGGCAAGCCGGCCCUUGGGGGAAGUGCAGCAGUGAGUGCGGGAAAGGCAUGCGCAAGCGAGAGGUAAGCUGUGGUCCAGGCCUCAAGGAGUCUGCCUGCAAGGCCUCCGAGAAACCCGCCACCGAACAGGUGUGCGAGAUGCCUCCGUGCUCGAGCACAUGGUUCUUCUCCGCCUGGUCUGAGUGUUCCGUCAAGUGCGUUCCGGGUGUUCAGAGGAGACGGGUCUUCUGCGUCCCUGGACAGAAUGAGUGUGACAUGCUUGAAAAGCCUUCGUCCCAGCAACCGUGCCUGGAGCUGUGCACGGGAACCUGGUUUGUGGGACCCUGGUCGAAGUGCCUUCCCGCUUGCGGCAACGGGACGCGCGAGCGCCAGGUGCUGUGCGUCGGCCAACAGGGAGGCCGAUGGACGACGGUGCUCCCUGAUGGGCACUGCGGCUACACCGACCGGCCGUCGCCUCAGGAACCAUGCGACACGCCAUGUGCGCCAGAGUGGCACACGUCUACGUGGAGCACAUGUUCGACAUCGUGCGGCGGCCGGGGCAGCCAGACGCGCCAAUCACUGUGCUUGGACGUUAACGGGAGAGUGUCCAGCGUCGAGACAUGCUUGGAGUCUUCGAGACCUUCGGCCAGGCGUCCGUGCGGCCUGUCCGCGUGCCCCGCGGAGACGGCCGAAGAGCGCGGCUGUCGGGACACCCGAAAUCGCUGCGCGCUGGUGGUGCAAGCGCGGCUCUGCAGUUAUUCCUACUUCCGCCAGGGGUGCUGCGCGUCGUGUCGCCGCGCCGGCGCCAGCCACGCUCCGACCGAUGAGAACACAGCCUGAGUCAGGGUUCUAAUCCACGAGUUGGAGCUUUUUCUCGAGGUCCUCGAUACGCGUGUCUGCUGAGAAACGUAUCCAGCAGACAAGACUCCCCGGGCAAGAAGAGUACCGUCAUUUUGCCAGCAGGCACCCUGCAACGAUGCGUUACUCACGCACUCGAACUUUUAACCCAAUUCCGACACCCCUGUACAUAGGCGCUCCUACCGUGAUUUGUGAGAGGAUCCUUCUUCUAAAUGGUUCUGUUCGUCUUAG